AGAAAUCGUAAAGAACCUCUUCAAAGACUUGCUGCUUUUUCAAGCGUUUAGACUUGCCUCAUUGCACACUUUCUAACAUUUGUCUCAGCUGUUAUCGCUGGACACCAAUGACAGCUAUGAAGGGAGACUCCGAAGACAGCAUUGAAAGCAUGAGGCCGUCCAGCCUGCAAGUUUUCGCCAACUCCUCCACGUUACAUGGCAUGAGCCACAUAUUCGCCUAUGGCCACAUGACGUUCCGUCGAUUCCUAUGGACGCUGUCCUUCAUGGGCUCUCUAAGUCUGCUGAUGUUCGUCUGCAUGGACCGAGUAUGCUACUACUUCGAGUUCCCCCACAUCACCAAACUUGACGAGGUGGCGGCGCCCAACCUCACCUUUCCAGCCAUCACCUUCUGCAACCUCAAUGAGUUUCGUUUCUCGAAGAUCACAAAGAACGAUCUGUACCACGUUGGGGAGCUGCUGGCACUGCUCAACGAGAACUAUCAGAUCGCUAACCCUCACCUGGCCGAGCCGGAAGUCCUCGCUUUCUUGAAGGAGAAGGCUAAUUUUGUCAACUUCAAUCCCAAGCAGUUCAACAUGACGGAUUUCUAUAACCGCACGGGCCAUGAUAUCAGCGAAAUGCUCUUGCAGUGCACCUUCAGAGGGGAGGAAUGCAUCCCUCUAAACUUCACCACUAUUUACACAAGAUAUGGGAAAUGUUACACGUUCAACUCUGGUCUGGAUGGAAACCCCUUGUUGACGACUUUAAAAGGUGGAACAGGAAAUGGGCUGGAAAUCAUGCUGGACAUUCAACAGGAUGAGUACUUACCGGUUUGGGGUGACACAGACGAAACCUCGUACGAGGCGGGCAUCAAAGUUCAGAUCCACAGCCAGGACGAGCCGCCCUUCAUAGAUCAGCUGGGAUUUGGUGUGGCCCCUGGUUUUCAAACUUUUGUGUCUUGUCAGCAACAACUGCUCCAGUAUCUUCCUCCGCCGUGGGGCGACUGCAGAUCCGAACCGAUGGACUCUGAAUACUUCUCCACCUACAGCAUCACGGCCUGUCGCAUCGACUGUGAGACCCGCUACCUGCUCGAAAACUGCAACUGCAGAAUGGUGCACAUGCCAGGCACCUCUACCGUCUGCACACCCGAACAGUACAAAGACUGCGCUGAUCCAGCUUUAGAUUUUCUAGUGGAGAAGGACAAUGAUUACUGCGUUUGCGAAACGCCGUGCAACAUGACUCGAUACGGUAAAGAGCUGUCCAUGGUGAAAAUACCCAGCAAGGCUUCUGCGAAAUAUCUCGCCAAGAAGUUCAACAAAACUGAACAGUAUAUUGCGGACAACAUAUUGGUGCUGGAUAUCUUUUUUGAGGCUCUGAACUAUGAGAAAAUUGAACAAAAGAAAGCAUAUGAAGUGGCUGGAUUACUUGGUGACAUUGGUGGUCAGAUGGGUCUGUUUAUAGGAGCCAGUAUCUUGACAAUAUUGGAGAUAUUCGAUUAUUUGUAUGAGGUUUUUAAGGACAAAGUGCUGGGACAUUUUCUACGUAAGAGACGGCCACAUCGCAGCGCUAGUGACAAUCUGAGCACAUGCGACACACUCCGGAGUCACUCGGACAGUCUCGGAUACGCGCCGAACGUGCUACCUAGUCACCCGGCUAUAGGCAACUUCGAGGAAUUCGCUUGUUGAUGACACAGGCGACAGGACCCCGGCGGGACGGUUUAGGAUAUGACGGAAAACUGUGAAGUAUAUAUCGGAUAGACUCCAAAAGAAGUGUAAGUCCACGAAAAUGUACAUGUUAAAUAGUUAAAAAACAAAACAAAACAAAAAACACCUGAAUAGAAUCGAUAUAUCAUCAUCAAGUACAAAUAGGCAACACUUCCAAAACAAAACUCAGGUUUUAUUAACAUCACAGCCACUGUUUGUUUGACAUUGUGGAAAAUUUCAUGCCAUUUCUUUUCGGACGAUUUCAGACGUACAAAUACUGUGACGGUAUUACAUCCCAGAGAGUAUUUUUUCUCUGUGCUUUUCUGAAUCCUGUACGAACACUGUGGGCCUAAUUUGAUCAAGCCGCCUUAAACAAAUCUGAAAAAGAAAGCAUUUUAAUAUUGCACAAAAAUUGUUAUAGAUACAGUCGGUUUGGCCAUGGUUUAAAUCUAUUUUGGCACUUUUUUUGUACAAUAUAAUCGUGUGAGCUUU